AGUUGAAAUCAUGUGAGAUGAGCCUGAUCUUUGGGUGUCGACACUCACAAAUGGAUCAUCUUUAUAAAGAGGAAAUGAUGGAAGCAAAGAACAAAGGAGUUUUCAAAGAAAUUUAUACUGCAUACUCACGAGAUCCGAACAGGAAAAAGGAAUAUGUACAGGAUAUCAUUCGCAAUCAGCUGCCCACUGAGCUCUUCCAACUGUUGAGUUCUUCAAAGGGACAUCUGUACGUUUGUGGUGAUGUUACAAUGGCUCAAGACGUUUCAAAAACUGUCCAAGAAUUGAUAGCCACACUGGGGGCAAUGAGUCUCAAUGACGCAGCAAGCUAUCUUACAAAGCUGAAGGAUGAGAAUCGUUACCACGAGGAUAUAUUUGGUCUAACGCUGAGAAUGCGAGAAGUCGCCACAAAAAUCAGAUCGACAUCUUUGAAUUAUUGGCAGGAAACCAAGUAAAUGCUUGGUUCUGAUGAAUGGGAGUAACUCUGCAGAAUUUAAGGUUACCCACAGAGUGUUUGAUGAUGCAAAUGAGGAAUGUCAUUUCCUGACUGAAAUACAGAAUGUCUGACAUUAUAAAUAGUCUUUCUCCUGGACGUCAUCUGAAAAUUAUAUAUCACCAUACUUCAAAGUGAACUCAAUAUAUUUUGGGUCUUUUAUAAAUUAAAUUUAUCACCAUUAUCAUUUCCCAAAUCCAGUUCCUUCUGCAAUUGAUAUAAACUGCAUCAGAGCAGUUUUGAUGAGCAAUUCUUCCUUUCAGCCUCCCCUCACUGCUGCCUCCUCCCCAACUUACAUCUUUUACACAAAAAAACUUAAGUCUAGUCCAUAUACCAAGAACUAAUGCAUGCAGCUUUUCCUUGUCUUUUCUGUAUGAAUCAAAUCUCCUUCACUCCACAGAGCAAGCCCAGAUUUUCCAAUAAUGCCAUGUCACUAUAAUCCGUUAUUCUGGGAACAUUCUGCUAAACCUCUGUUGCACUCUUCCCAUAUCAAGAUCCCUCGUAUCCUUCCUAAAGUGUCAAGACCAGAACCAGGCUCAAUGUUCUAGUUGUUGUUAAGCUAAAUCUUUGUAUAUGUUCAGUAUCGCGUCCCUGAUUUUGUGUCAAUAUCUCAAUUAAUGAAGCUCAGGAUCACUGGCAAAUUUUGAGAUCUUGCACUAUAUUCCCAGAUCCAGAUUAUUCAUGCUUGUGGAAAAAGUAAUCAGCACAGCAUUUACCCAGCAGAACUAGACUGCCUUCCACCCUCCUGUGAGGAAAACAGCCUCUCACCACAACUCACAGCUUCCUGUCAUUCAGCAUAUCUUUAAUCCAAAUUCAUACAUUUCUGAAGAAGGGUCCAGGCCCAAAACGUUAGCUUUCCUGCUCCUAUGAUGCUACUUGGCCUGCUGUGUUCAUCCAGCUCUACACCUUGUUAUCUCAUACUCUCACCUAUUUAACUGGCUAGUUACAUAAUUCUGCAUUGAUCACUUUUGAAAAUUCAUGCAGACAGCAUUCACCAUAUUCCCUUCAUCAACUUCCCUGGAACGUCAUUAAAAAGCUCUGUUCAUUUGUUAACAAUGACUAAUUGGCUCAGUGGUUAGCAUUGCCGCCUCAUAGCACCAGGGACCUGGGUUUGUUUCCACCCCAGGUGACUGUCUGUGUGGAGUUUGCAUAUGCUCCCCAUGUCUGUGGGUUUCCUCCCACAAUCCAAAGAUGUGUGGGUUAGGUGGAUUAGCCAUGCUAAACUGCCCGUAGUGUUCGGGGAUGUGUAGGUUAGGUGGGUUAUAGGGGGAUCAGUCUGGGUGCGAUGAUCUGAAGGUUAGUGUGGCCUUUUGGGCCAAAGGGCCUGUUUCCACACUAUAGGGAUUCUAUAAAAAAAAUCUUUUUACAGAUCCAAGCUGCCUCUCCUUAAUAAACUAAGUAACUCAAACCUCUCCAAGUGCCUGUGAUUUUAUCCCUGAGCAUUGUAUCUAAAACCUUAUUCACAACAGAUCUUAAAUGGUUCAUCCUGCAGUCACCCACAACUGUCCUUCGAUGUUUUUUCUUGGGUUGGGGCCACUCCCCUAUCCCCUGUAUCUACAGGAGAUAUCAACAAGCUCUUCCACUCCUUCCAAUUCGAUUCCUUCAGGAACGUGGAAUGUAAUCCCUGAGCAUUGCCAGCGUUUCCUUUUCUUCCUGUCUAUUAAUUGCCAACUCAUCUUCUACCUCUAUCAUUGCCAAUUCUGAAGAUAUUUUGUCCUUGCCUCAAGGUCAGAUUCUGAUCAUUUCAUCAUUAUCAUCUCCUAAAUUUCAUCUCCUAAAUUAUCAGCAUUUCUUCUCUUGCACUUCUCCAGUCAGUUCUGAUAUAGUGGCAUUUACCAUUAAACCAUACCUAUUUCAAUUUAGUUAACUUUGAGGAAUUUAGUUACCUCAGCUCAAUCUAGAUCCUAGGUUUUAGAUCUUAAGCCAGACCACAGAUGAAGCUCCCAUUUCUACACCUUUCCUAAUCACUCCCCCAUCUCACAAAUCUCAAUACUCAUAUAACUCCAAAUAAUGGAAAUGCUACCAGUUAUCAAUAACUAGAACUUUGACUACCAGUGGUUAAAGCUGUUGUGAGAGAAUCAUAGAAAACAUAAGAGGUCCUUCAGGCCAUCACAUCUGUACCUCCAAAAAUAUACUAUUACCUAUACUUAGUCCUACUUUGUCGUGUUACUUUAUCACAAGAUGUAAUUUCAAACAAUACAUACACACCAUCUUUCUGAAAAUGUUCAUGGAAUUCUGCUGGACUAACCUGCUUUCAAUGGAAUAAAUGUCUCUGAAGUGUG